AUGGCUUCCAACGGCGACAAUGAGGUUCUCGAUGCCAACAAGGCUCUUGAUAUCCUCAAGGAAUACGAAGGUCGUGAUGGUAUUUCUGUCACUGAGCUACUUGACUCUAAGAAACGCGGUGGUUUAACCUAUAAUGACUUUCUUGUCCUCCCCGGCUACAUUGGAUUUCCAGCUAGCGAGGUUGCUCUUGAUUCCAAAAUCACUCGUAACAUCUCCCUCAAAAUUCCACUAGUCUCCUCGCCUAUGGACACCGUUACAGAGACAGACAUGGCGAUCCAUAUGGCGCUGCUCGGUGGUGUGGGUAUCAUCCACCACAACUGCCCCGCCGAGGAACAGGCCGAGAUGGUUAGGAAGGUCAAGAGGUACGAGAACGGGUUUAUCCUAGAUCCUGUUGUUCUCAGCCCUUCGCAUUGCGUCAAGGAUGUUCGAGAAGUGAAGGAGAAGCAAGGGUUCGCUGGUAUCCCAAUCACUGAAAACGGUACCCUCUCCUCGAAGCUCGUCGGUAUGGUCACCAUGCGUGAUAUCCAAUUCGUUCGGGACCCAAACACCCCUCUUCAAGAAGUCAUGACUCCGCGCUCCGAACUCGUAACUGCGAACCAGGGUGUCACCCUCAGCGAGGCCAAUGUUAUCCUUCAAAAAUGCAAAAAGGGAAAACUGCCCAUUGUUGAUAACAACGACAACCUGACAGCCCUUCUUUCCCGUUCCGAUCUCAUGAAAAACCAUAACUUCCCCCUGGCUUCCAAAGUCACCGCUUCGAAGCAGCUUCUUUGCGGUGCUGCCGUUGGAACAAGACCCGAUGAUCGGGUUAGAUUGCAAAAGUUGGUUGACGCCGGUUUGGAUAUCAUCGUCAUCGAUUCGUCGCAAGGUAACUCGCUAUACCAAAUCGAGAUGAUCAAGUGGAUCAAGAAGACAUUCCCACAGAUCGAUGUUAUCGGCGGAAACGUCGUAACUCGGGAGCAAGCCGCCGCGUUGAUCGCUGCUGGAGCAGAUGGUUUGCGUAUCGGUAUGGGAUCUGGUAGCGCAUGUAUCACACAGGAAGUCAUGGCGGUCGGAAGACCACAGGCUCAAGCUGUUUACAGCGUCUGCGAGUUUGCCGCUAGAUUCGGGGUACCUUGUAUCGCUGAUGGUGGUGUCCAGAACGUCGGCCACAUUGUCAAGGGAUUGGCUCUGGGUGCCAGCGCUGUUAUGAUGGGUGGUCUGUUGGCCGGUACAACGGAAAGCCCUGGCAAGUACUUUUUGAGCGAGAAGGGACAGCUGGUUAAGGCUUACAGAGGGAUGGGAAGUAUCGACGCCAUGGAAAGCCAGAAGACCGGUGAUAAUGCGGCUACCGGCAGGUAUUUCAGUGAAGCGGACAAGAUUUUUGUUGCGCAAGGUGUCAGUGGCAGUGUCGCCGAUAGAGGGUCUGUUACAAAGUUUGUACCGUACCUCCAAGCCGGUCUUCAGCACUCACUUCAAGACAUCGGCGUCAAAUCCGUUGCUGAAUUGAAGGAAGGUGUUAAAGCCGGAACUGUUAGAUUCGAAAUCCGAACCGCCAGCGCUCAGAUGGAAGGAAACGUACACGGUCUGCAUAGCUUCGAGAAGAGGUUGUACUCUUAG